CGGGCCUCGGUUCAAACGACCCAGUGGGUCGAGAGUGAAAGGGAGGGAGAAGAGACAGGAGCCGGGCCUCCCUCGCUGGCCUCUCUCCCAACCCUGAGCCUCCCAGCCCCAUGGUCCCCGCCGCCGGCGCGCUGCUCUGGGCCCUGCUGCUGAGUCUGGGGUCCCGGGCGGCGGGGGCCCAGGGCCAGACACAAACUCCUUCGGGGCUGCAGCGGGUCAGUUUCCGCUUCGGGGGCCCUAUGGCCAGUAGCUACCAGACCACCAGCCGGACUGGCAGUCCCUGGAAGACGAAGGUAACUCUGGAGGAUGAGGAAGACGCGGUGGCCACCGCUGACCGCCUGGCAGGCCCGGCAGCCGCCGAGCUCUUGGCCUCCUCUGUGGCUACCGGCGUCAGCCGCCCACGCGGGUCCGGGGAGGAGGAAGGGGCUUUGGAAGAGGAGGUUUUGAUUAAUGCCAGAAGGAAUGGCACCAACCUGGAGACUCACUACACGAGUCCCAGCACAAGAUUUCCAGCGAAUACCCAGGAGCGGGAAGUCAGGCUGACUUCAAGCCUGAUGCCCUCCGCCUUGAAGUCUACUGCGGAGCAGCUGGGCUCCGAGGCCACCCUGAGCCAGUGGUCGACGGCCGGGGCCACUCCGAACCGGUGGCCGCCACCGUCUCCCACAGCCAUGCCGCCUGCCGAGGAUCUGCGGCUGGUGCUGAUGCCCUGGGGUCCGUGGCACUGCCACUGCAAGUCGGGCACCAUGAGUCGGACCCGGUCGGGGAAGCUGCAGGGCCUGUCGGGGCGUCUUCGAGCAGGGGCGCUUAGCCAAAUCCGCACGGAGCACCGGCCUUGCACCUACCAGCAAUGUCCCUGCGACCGGGAACGGGAAGAGUGCCCCCUGGACACAGAUCUCUGUCAGGACUGCUCAUCUCAGUCCAGCACCAGCCGCAUGCCCACCAGCCGUAUGCCCAGCCCCAGCCCCAGCCCCGCUCUUGCUUUUUGGAAACGGGUCAGGAUUGGGCUGGAAGAUAUUUGGAACAGCCUCUCUUCAGUGUUCACAGAGAUGCAACCAGUAAGUGUUUGUUGAUGGAUCUCCAAAGUCCUGAUAGCCAAAACCCUGUUGCCAGCCAAUGUGCUUGCAUGAAUUUCUGACUUAUUUUCCAUAGUUGUUUCGCUACUGAUUCAUAAAAUGCAUUGGUUUUUCACGUUAUUGUUGACCAUUAAUUCCAUCCUAUUUCUUGACCAAUUGCUGGUUAGUUGGUUGGUUGGUUAUUAGACAUGUCUUAUUGGUCAUUACAUGAUUAUUGACCAAAUAAGAUUGUAGAUAUACAGACUUCUUUAUGCACAGAUAAUGGAUAUGAAGGGAUUAAAUAUUAUUCAGUAGUUUUCAACUUAUUAAUGCAGCUUAACGGUAAAAACAGCCAAUACUGGCAGUCUUACCGGUGCACUUUACCUAGAUAAAUCCUAACAACAAACCUGAUAAGGUAUUAUCCCCACUUUACAGAUGAAAACUGGGGGUUAAAAGGGAUACAUUUACAAAGGUAGUAAGUGGCAGAGCCACAAAUGGGAUUUAGACCCAGGUUUGUUUGGACACCAAAGCCCAUGCUUGUGACCACCACUCUAUGUAUCCAAAAUAACUGUCGAUCUGGCAUUCUUCCCAGCAACCUAAGAAUUCUCAAGGAAGGACAAUACCAAGAGUUCCUGAAGGUUCUGACUGACCUGAUCAAAUAUUCUCCAUCAAUAGGGAUGACAGGAUCUUUGGGGACCGGGAAGGGCAAUGAAAUGUGUCCUUGAUCAUUUUGCUGGUUUGUUUUUCUCUUUGUGUCCAAAUGGGGGAGAAGGGUUGAGAGAAUGAGGGUAUGUGGGAGGUGGGAUGAAGCAAGAAAGGGAAAAGAAUUUAGAUGUGAUUGUAACUGCCCCUUUAUUUUCCUUCCUUACCCAGACAGAGAGAAACCAGAGGUAAAGACCACUUCAUCCACAGGAAGAGACGGUGUCAGCAUUUCAGCCCCUCCACCCUUUUCAAUCCUAGCACCCACUGGAUAUUUUUACUACAGAAAAACAAAACUGAAAAAAGCACUGUUUGGUCUUGUGCCUUUUUUAUAGAGGUAUCUGAAGAAAGACGGUUAAUCUCUUGAACCCCAAAACUGAACCGGGUAGCCAGCAACAUCUGACUUGGUCCCCUACUCCCUUCCCUAGGAUAAAGUAAUGUUGGUCACUUCCCAAGGUUGUUUUAAACAAGACUUGAAAAACUCCAGAGAAACACCAAUUAAAAAGAAUAGGAAAAACAAGGACUCAAGCCCUUCAAAGAUAGUGGUCUUCUCCUUGCCUUCACAAUGCUUGACCCUCCUCAGGAAGGGCAAUGUUGGUACAGAAUUCCAUCUCCACCACUUUCAAGGAGUUACACCAUCAGCCAUACUGAUUCUUUAACCCCAUACACACCUAUAGUGAUUACUCUGCAACUCUUUUGCUUAAAAAUUUUUUAUUUGAAAAAUGUUUUUAAAAGUUCAAAAAAUUUUAAUAUAAAUUACGACUCUCAAACCCAUUCCCAUCACCCUAAAAAUUGUUUAAGUGAUGGUAGCAUACACAUUAGAGAAGGUAGCUAAAGGCAAGAGAGCACCAAAGGAAAGAGAAGAUUGUGUCCAAAGAACAGGUAUUAAUUAGAAUGAGGCUGAAGAUCAGAGAAUUCAGAAGGCCUCCACCUUUCUACCCUGUCCUGUUAACCGUUCAGAUCUAACACAACUCUCAAGCUAUUGAGCUACUUAAGGGUAACAAGCUAAGCUACUUUCAAAGCAACUAGCUUGACUGAAAUAGUAAACUGGGAGUAUAUCUCUAUGAUCAAUUUUAGACCCUGAAGAACUGCAGGAAGUACACUGAAAUUUGGAAAAAUUAAAACCUCAAUCACUGUAGAUGGGGGCAAACUGGGUAGAUGAUGGGAUCAUCAAAGUGGAUCCCAGUUCCCAUGUUCCUGACCCCCACUACUACAGAACAGGAUGCUUCCUAUUAAAGAGCGAACAAGAGACCCACCUUCUUGUCUCAGUAAACAGGAGCUCAUUUGUCUUGUUCUGCCUUCCUAAUCACCCUGCAAGGAAGGAGCUAGAACAAAGAACACCUGAAAAAAACUGAAAGCAGCAGCCUGAAGACCCUGCUUCUACACUGCUUUCCCACCUAAAGGAAGGUGGGAAGUGGGACCUGGUCUUCAGACAAAACUCCCUGAGUCUUAUCCAUGUCUGGUUCUAGUACUAGGGCACAGAAACAGAGUUUAAAUUUGUGGAGGACAAGUUGGGGUGUCUAUAGCACUAUUCCUUUUUUCUUCCCUUCCCCCAGUUCCACCAUACCCUAUUCAUGUCUCCACACUACAGGAAUCCCUCCUCCAGACAGCAAGAAUGGAGAAGCACGGUACAUGUCCAUGACAGAGACAUGAAGUCAGGCAAGCAUAGGCAACACACCAAAUGAAAAAUCAUUUGGAGACAUCUGCAGCACUAUUGGCCCUGCUUUACAAGAGGUCCUAGCUCAACCACGGCUCAGCCUUAGGAUGGAUAAGGGGCUGGGGGUGGGGUGGGGGCAUGGAAAUCACUUAAGAGAAAAAUAUCUUGACUCUAUAGAGCUGUGGUUCUCAAGUAGGGGGGCAGUUUUUGCCCCUAGGGGACAUGUGGGAAUGUCUGGAGACAUUUUUGGCUGUCACAACGAGGGUGGGCCAGAGACGCUACCAUAUACACGACAGAGGGCAGCCCCCCACUACAAAGAAUUAUCCAGCUCAAAAUGUCCAAAGUGCCUAGACUGAGAAACCUUGCUCUAGAGCCUCCCCCUGCUCUCAUGCUGUGAGGAUCUUUCGACACCUAAACUCGCAGAUGCUUGUUUUUAACCCGUUUAUCUUACCACCUCCCCUGUCCUCAAUGGCCAGGAAGUCCUCCCUGAGAUAUAAAUCCUAGUUUUGCUGUAUUCUGGGUUUCUCUCCAGACUCCUCUUCCUCCCCUCACCUGGGCCAGCAGGGAGGUUGGCAAAGGGCUGGCCAGGUCCCCAGAACUUAAAUGGGUGAAGGAAUGUCAUCAGGCUAAGACCCACCUCUUGACUCUUAUUCAGUGGGAAAUUAAGGCUCCUGACAGAGUUGGGGUUAAGGACAGAGGUAGUAGUGGUAAUUAAGAGAACACAUCUUAAUUUAAAAAAUAGGAAAGAUGCUGGGGAGCUAGUAAUGCUACAGAAAAACAGGGUUAAAGGCCUAACUAGAGAAAAACUCUGGUGGUGUUGGCAGAGAGAUAUUGAGGGGCUGUGAGCUUGAAGUCUGAAAUUGAAAGAGAAAGGGUGGACUAAACAGUGAUUACCCUCUCAGCCUCUGCCUGGUAUCUGCUUCAGUUCAUUCCAGGGGGGAAGAGGGGAGGAGCUGGGAGGUAGGGAGCUUCUCAGCAAAGCCAGCUUCAGCUUUGGUAAUCUCACCCACCUACCCCCAUGUAAGGAGUUCCAGGUUAAGAGUUUAACAGCUGGCACCCAGACGUCAUUCAGGAGACCAGAACUCAUCCCAGGUUCUCGGAGAACUCCUAACUCAGAUCUGAGGGUAUCCAGGCUUCAGCUGAGCUCCUCUGGCCAACCAGUAGUCAUGUGGUCAGUCCUGCUGCCUU